CAGUCUAGAUCGAGUAGGUAGAAGCCCACUGAUCUACUCCACUUAGCAUUGUACUCCAUCCUUGUCCAUGGAAACUCACCCCAACUUCCAUGCUAGUCCAUUCGAUGGGUCUGUGGAAAACACUGAGUUUAAGUUCAGUAGCUUGUACCUGCACCACAUUUUCAGUGGAUCAAACCCAACCCAAGCAAACAUCAUAGUUGGAGAUGCUACCACUAAGUUGGGCAGGACAUCAGUUCACGACUGGGCCAUAUAUGAUGGGGUUGGCACCGACGCCAAGCUAGUGGGCCGUGCACAAGGGCUGCAUAUCAACGCUGGUAGUUGGCACAAUACGUUCACCAUUCGAUUCGAGAUUGAAAGGUUCAAGAAGAGCACACUUCAGGUAAUGGGAGAAUCUGUAGCCCAAGAAGGUGAGUGGGCUAUUGCCGGUGGGACAGGUGAACUCGCAAUGGCAUGUGGUGUUAUACACAAAACAUGGCAUCAGGAAACAGAUGGUGGUACCAUAAUCCAACUUAACAUCCAUGGAUUCUGCCGCAUGAAGCUACCCAUUCUCACAAAGAGUGGCCCCUGGGGAGGCAAGGAGGGUUCUGCUGUUGGCAUGGAAAAACCCUCCAAGAUUGCAAGUAUCGCCAUCCACUAUCAAGAAAGAAUUGAUUCAUUUGAAUAUAAUUACUUUGACCAAUAUGGCAACAGCCGUUACACAAAUAUUUGGGGCACUAAGAGUCCCAAUCGCGCAGAGAUUGUGUUGGGCCCUGAAGAAAUUGUGACCGCAAUGUCUGGAACUGUUAUCGAACAUAAUAAUAUCAAUGUUAUACAGACACUGAAGUUUACCACUAACGAAAGAACAUACGGACCUUAUGGAAAUACUGAAAAUAUACAAGGUGGUACAGUACACAAUUUCAGCGCUGUGAUGCCAAAUGGUCAAGCAAUUGUUGGCUUCUUUGGGCAUACUGAUAUGACAUGCUUGAAUGGAAUAGGUGUUUACGUAGCCUAGGAAAUUUCAAGAGAUUUUAUUUCAUCCAUAUGUGGUUUAAGUUGAGUGUUCCUUCAACUAAAAUAAAAUGGUUAAGGAUAUCUGACCGGUUUUCUGAUUAUUUUCCCUUUUAUUCAUCUAUGGGUGGUUUGUUGUCACCUACCGUGUUUCUUUAUUUGAAUAAUAAUAAAGUUUCUUUA